UUUCUCUCUCUCUCUCUCUUUUUUCUCUCCCAGUUGGUAACUGCCAUUUCUAAACCAAAAUUCGACAGUGCAAACAAUCAUCAUCAAGGUGUGGUUUUGAGAUUAGUUGAGCCCAUUUCUCUCUCUGUUUUUUUUUUCUUCUUUCUUUUUCUGGCAAUUUGUAACCUCCAGUUCUAAACCAAAACUGGACUUUGCAAACAAUCAUCAUCAAGGGUUUGGUUUUCAUUUUCGUUCUUGAGUUUUAUGUUGUUCGAAUUGUUUGCAUAAUUAUUAUGGCUAGAGUAAAGACUACAGCUCGUCGUCGUCCGAGUGAUGGUGGUCGCAGCGAUUGUGGUCCGAGUGAUGGUGGUCGUGGUUCAAAAGGUAAUACUGGAGAUGAGUCUAUUGGGAAAGAUGUUCCUAAUUGUGAAGGUAAUACAGGAGAUAAGUCUGUUGGGAAAGAUGUUCCUACGAUCCUUGAGAAGGAUAUAACUGAUUUUGUAAUAAGGCGUCCAACUAGGAGUAAUAAGAAUACUCUUGCAGGAAGGGAUAAAGGUCCAUUGAGAACAUGUAACAAUCAAUCUAUUGGUGAAGCUGAAGAGGAGUACAAUCCUCAUAAAAGACAUCGAGUUUCUGAAAGUACUCCUUCGAAGCCAGCUGGGAAAAAGAAGACUAUUGUGAGAUGUCGGCCGACAACGCUUAUUAAUCUUUUCAAGAAACUUUCGACGGAACAAAAGAAGGAUGUACACAUUAUUGGUUUUGGUAGUUUGUUUGGGCUGAAGCUAGAGGAAUUUCCUAGGGAUAUGAUACGUGUGUUGUGUCGUAAUUUCUGCCCGAAGGGGUUUUGCUGAUAGAAAAUCAUUGAGUUCAGUUGAAAUCUGCCGAUGUUGCUAAUGUGUUUGGAAUUCCAAUGGGGAAAUUUAAAAUUCAAAUAUCUAAAAGAGAUGAUGAUACAAAAUUGAAGAGUUUUUGGGUUGAAAACUAUGGUCAUUCAUUUGGGGUUGUUACUCCAACAUCAACGAGGAUGUUAAUGGAAAUGGAUAAUGAUUUUCUUAAUGGAAAUGAUUAUUUUAAGCGGUGUUUUGUAAUGUUUGCAAUUGUUACAUUGCUAGCACCUUCAUUAAACACUUGGGCAGAUUUUAAAAUUGUGCGUGCAUUGAUUGAUGUUGGUAGAAUUAAGGAGUAUGAUUAGUGUUCAUAUGCGUUGGAUGACUUAGAACACGUAUGUGCAAGUAUGAAGACAUCAAAAAAAAAAUAUUGGUGGUUGUGUACUGUUGCUUCAGGUUUGUUAUGUACAAAGAUUGAAAUUUCAAGGUCUGUCUUCUCCUAAAUUUUUACCUUUGAUUCAACACUGGACUACUAAGAAACUGAAGGAGAGAAUUACCCUCGAAGCGGGUAAAUAUGGUAUUGGGUUAUUGGAAGAUGGUUAUCCUAUAACCCUUGACACAAUGAUUGAAGUUCUCGAAGAUGACAGAGAGAUAGAGGUAGUAAUAAGGCAUGGCGAUGAGGGUGAGCAUGAGGAUGGGGAAAAUGACGGGAACGUGAUCAAGAAUAUGGAUGGUCAAGUGGAUGAUGAUGCCAUUCAUGUUCGUCAGUGUUGUGAAACUUUUGAUUUGCCUGAUGGAGUUUUUUCUAAUCAAGACAUUGGAGCAAUGACAAGAAAUGAAAGUUUAUGAUA